AUGACUGCUAGUAGCUUAUCUCAGAAUGUUGUCAUGAUUGACAAUUAUGAUUCUUUUACAUGGAAUCUAUACGAAUAUCUAUGCCGUGAAGGUGCUAAUGUCCAGGUAUUCAGAAAUGACAAGAUCACAGUAGAAGAGAUUGCAGCACUAAAUCCUGAUCGCAUACUCAUAUCACCAGGCCCUGGUCAUCCUCUCACAGAUGCAGGUAUUUCAUGUGAUGCUAUCAAGUACUUCGCUGGUAAAAUUCCAGUGAUUGGCGUGUGUAUGGGUCAGCAGUGUAUGGUCACAGUUUUCGGAGGGGAGGUUAAGUUCGCAGGAGAAAUUGUACAUGGAAAAACUUCAACCAUUACUCACGAUUCAAAGGGCAUUUUUGAAGGUGCCUCGCAACACAUCGCUGUUACUAGAUACCAUUCUCUGGCAGGAAAUCCUACUUCAAUUCCCGAAUGUUUAGAUGUGUCUGCCACAUCAGACACCGGUAUUAUAAUGGGUGUUCGUCAUAAGGAAUACACUGUUGAAGGAGUUCAAUUUCAUCCUGAAUCAAUUCUUACCGAGGAAGGACGAAAGAUGGUUAGAAACUUUUUGACUAUUAGUGGAGGUACCUGGAAAGAGCACCAAGCGAAUGUGGCAAAAGCUGCUAACAACUCUGUGUCCUCUAAUGCAUCACAAGCCAAUGGUUCUAUCUUGAACAGAAUUUUUGAGCAACGGAAGAAAGAUGUUGAGGAAGCUAAAAAGGUCCCUGGACGUUCGUUUAAGGAAUUAGAAAAGUCCUUAAAGCUCGGACUAGCACCCACACUUAUUGAUUUUGCGGAUCGGUUGUCCCAUCAAGAUAUGUCCGUUAUGGCUGAAAUUAAACGUGCUUCACCAUCGAAGGGCCCAAUAGGAUUAAGCGUCCAUGCCCCCACCCAGGCUCGCAUCUAUGCCGAGGCAGGUGCUGCAACUAUAUCUGUUCUAACAGAACCGCAUUGGUUUUUGGGAUCAUUGGAAGAUCUCCGUCUUGCUAGAUUAGCGGUAGAUUCUUUACCAAAUAGGCCAGCAAUUUUACGCAAAGAGUUUAUUUUCGAUGAAUACCAAAUCUUGGAAGCCCGAUUAGCAGGGGCCGAUACUGUAUUACUAAUUGUGAAGAUGCUGGAUGACUCAACUCUAGAGAGACUCUACAAAUAUUCUAAGUCCUUAGGAAUGGAACCUUUAGUAGAAGUAGCAUCUGCUGAAGAGUUGACUAGAGCUAAUGCCAUAGGCUCCAAGGUCAUUGGUGUUAACAAUAGAGAUUUGCAUUCCUUCAAUGUUGACCUUAAUACGACAUCGUCCUUAGUUUCCAAUGUACCAGAUGGUGUUAUCCUUGCGGCUCUCAGCGGAAUAACCUCAAACGCCGAGGUCUCGAAGUAUGCUAAAGAUGGUGUCCGUGCCGUCCUUGUUGGUGAAGCUUUAAUGAAAGCGGACGAUCCAUCGUAUUUCUUGAAAUCUCUACUAGCAUAG